AUGCAGCCGUCGUCGUCAUUUUUGUCGUCGUCGUCGUUGUCCACUUGUCAUCGCUUUUGUCAGCCUCAGCAGCAACAGCAGCAGCAGCAGCAACAGCCGGAACCGGAGCCGCUGCCACAGCAACAGCAACAACAACCUCAACAGCAACCAAAACACCAAAGGGCCGCAGCAGUUGCAGCAGCCGCAGCAGUUCAGCAGCCGCAGCAGUUGGCGCAACAAGGAGCAGGAAGACGGGUAGGUGUAGCAGUGUGCACAGAUCACGCCUACUUUUGUACGCCCACAUUGCCGCCGACGCUGACGCUGCCGCUGCCGCUGCCCAGCUCAAGCACAAGCCCAAGCACUCUGCCACUGCCUCAGCUGGCUGCGGCUUAG